AUGGCAGGCAUUCAGGCCAUCCUGCCCAGAGUACUAGCUGUGAGGAGAAGGAGACAACUGGCAAGGUGGCCUCUGGGCUGCGUCUCCACCUCUCCUCACUUCUCCAGCCCCCUGGACUUCCAACAGGGUCUGCCACCUUACUGUGGCCCCACAAGGAACUGUCAUCCCAAAUUCUCUGCACGGCGAACACGAACUACAAUUCCCAGCACGCUGCGGGACUCACCAUACUGUACAAAGUUCCAGAGAGAACUACGACUCCCAGAGUGCCCUGGGCCUACCCAGCUCCAGUCUGUGCCGGGUCAGAGUAGUCCAGCCUCACGGAUACCCCGCAGGCCCGGAAGAGAGUGUCCACGGCUCCUGCAGGCGAGCAAGGCGGGUGCUGCAGCCAUGCUCCGCAGACUGGCCCGGGCCGCAGUCCCGGGGCUCAGGGUGCCCUGGGCGCGGUGGUCUGGGAACUGGGCGAGGGUCCCAGCUCAGGUGGUAGACCUGCGCAGCGACACAGUGACCCGGCCAGGGCCGGCCAUGAGACGCGCCAUGGCCGAGGCGCUCGUGGGAGAUGACGAUUACGGCGAAGACCCCACAGUCCGCGAACUGCAGGAAAAGGCUGCAGAGCUAUUUGGGGUGGAGCGGACCCUGUUUGUGCCCACCAACACCAUGGCCAACCUUAUCUCUGUGAUGGGUCACUGCCGGCGCCGGGGUUCCCAGGUCCUCCUUGGGCAAGAAUGCCAUCUCCACGUCUAUGAGCAGGGCGGGGUGGCUCAGAUUGCUGGGGUGCAUUCCCACCCCCUCCCAGACAUGCCCCAUGGCACCCUGGACCUGAAUGAGCUAGAGCGGGCACUCAGUCGGGGCUUCGGGAGCUCCUACCAUCCAGUCUGCGAGCUUGUGUGUCUGGAGAACACACACAGCAGUGCCGGGGGCCGAGUGCUCCCCAUCGACUACCUCCGCCAGGUGCGCCUCCUGGCCCACACCUAUGGAGCCCGGGUCCACCUGGAUGGGGCGCGGCUGAUGAAUGCAGCCGUGGCUCUGCGUGUGCCCCCUGCCCGCCUUGUGGAGCACUGCGACUCUGUAUCCUUCUGUUUCUCCAAGGGCCUCGGUGCCCCGGUGGGGGCUCUGGUAGGGGGAUCCAAGGACUUCAUUGAAGAAGCCUGGCGCCUCCGCAAAGCCCUGGGUGGAGGCAUGCGCCAGGCUGGAGUGCUGGCUGCGGCUGCCCUGGUGGGACUGGCUGAGGCGGAGGAGGUACUACCAAGGGACCAUGAGAAGGCCCAGAGAUUCGCUACAGGACUCCAGGACCUGGCAUCACCCAUUUGCUCUGUGGAUCCUGCCACCGUGGAGACCAACAUGGUGCUGGUGCAGGUGGCCGGGCUGCCUCCUGGAGAGCUGUGCCAGCGCCUGCAGGCUGUGAGCGCCAAGGAGGUGGCUCGGACUGGCUGUGCCGUGAGCGUGCUGCUGUUCCCCUGGACGGAACACUCUGUGCGGACUGUGUGGCACCGAGACGUAUCUGCUCAGGACACGGAACUGGUGCUGAGGAAGUGGGAGUUUGUACUGAGAGAGUUGAUGCCCUGAGGUCGGGGACCAGGAACCCUGUGCCCUGGCUAGGAUUGAAGUGGGGAGUAAGGGGCCCCAAACCAUUAGCCUGGUGAAGGCCGGUCCUUCUGGGGGAUGAUGACACCACUCAGCCUCUGGUUUCCUCCAGCGACUCUCAUGUGAUGGCCUCAUUCAGUCAGGAAUAACCAGCCAUAGGCUGGGAUAAGAUGUGGGUGAACAUCAAGAGAAGGAA